AUGAACAGUGGAAAAAACUCUCCAAUGGAAUACCAAGAAACGAUGAAUGAUCUAGGGGAGGACAUCGAGGAUAUGGAAGGUCAGAGCUUAAAUCGUGGCGGGGCAAACGUGGAUGAAGAAAUAAAAUCAGGAAAAGGUGACAAGGGAGGAGAAUCCAUCGACGCGGUAGAUGGAGGAGACGUAGGAAGCACUGCGCAAAACGCAUUACAUAUCUAUUCAACAGACAGUGCCAAGAAUAUUUUAAAGACACAUUUGGAAGAUUACUUAAAGCAGCUAGACCUUUACAAAAGCAACCCCAAGUGUAAAAUCGACCCAACAGUCUACUUGCAAGGAACACAAGAGGUGGAAAAUUACAUCGUGAAGGAAAAAAUACUCAUCACCACAUAUUACCAGUACAUAGAUAUGUAUGAAAGUUCCAUAGAUGUAGAAGAGGAUCUAGAAAGGGAAGAAAUCGUUUACGUGGAGGUUCCAAAGUACGUCAUAAAAUAUAACCCCAAGGUGAUCACAAAUUAUGUAGAAAAGACGAUUGAGGUUCCAAGUGGGGAGGAAAUUAAGAGACCUGUUUAUAACAAGUUGAAUGUCCCUUACGUAGUUCCACAUGUCGUGGAAAAUGAAACUCAAGUUGUGUUAAAAAAAAUUGUCCAACCGGAGAUACAUACGUCCAAUGAGGAGAUAGAAGUGGAAGUUCAGAAAUAUGUCCCCCGUUUAGUUCCAGUCAAUGUUUAUGUGCCUAGGUACUUUGGCUUAUCCGCUAAGACGACAGAUGAAGUGGAGGAGUCCGUUCAGUAUGUUGACCUGACCCAGGAACAGACAGACUACCUCAUGAAAGAAUUGAACCCACAUUUGGAUGAGCUAAAGAGCUUCAACGAAGCACAACUGAAACGGAUGGAUGAAUGCAUUCGUGAAUCUGAGGAGCAGGCCAAAAGUCACCACUUGGAUCCCCCCCAACCGGAACUCGUAUCGUACGACUUGGACGGAAAUAUCCAGACCCUCGAUUAUAGCGACUUUUCCCAGUUUAAGGGGACCUGCCUGAGGGAGUUGACUUGUUAG